AUGGCGACUCUGGCAGAACCACCUACCGUCAUGUCAUCAUCAACAUCGCCCAUGCCGACCGUGUAUGAACAGGACAUGGACAGCUUCAUCAACCUCGAUCAACUCACCUACGCAUCAGCAGAACCUGCCCGACCAAAAGCUACCCUCGCAAGCCAGCCUUCUCUCCCCAGCUCAGAUUUCAGCGCCGGCGAUGUUCGCAGUGCGACAUUCGCUGCCAACGGUCACUCACCCAUGGCUUUCCAAGGGCCGAGCCACCAAUAUGACGAACACAAGCAGCAGACUGGCCUGCCACCAGGAGCUCUAGCCCACGCAAUGAACUUCAAUCAGAUGGCCAGCGUGAGUUUCGGUAACGCGAGCCCUGCUUACCAGAUGAAUGGCGACAUGUUCGCUAGCAGCCACAUGAAGCGGGAAGACACUUCGUUCGAUUUCAACAACAUGUCCUCUCGUCACCCAUCUGAAAUGGACCUGGAGUCUGACGGCAUGGGUGCGGUUUCUUACUAUCUCUCACCGAAUGUCAACAAGAAUCAAUUCAUCGAUCCCAAUGCUCUUGGAGGGCACGAAGUCGUUCCUGCCGGGCCUUCCACUCAGGUCGGCCGCAUGUAUCCGGGAAUGCACCAACAACAAGCGGCCAUGGCAAAGGCGGCUCAACAACAACAGAAACAACAUGAGAUGCUUCGCCAGCAGCAACAGCAACAGCAACAGCAAUUCCACCAGCAGCAGCAGAGCCAGCCCCCUCGCGCCACGAAUCCUGUCGUGGAGGAACGUAUUACGCGCCUUUUGCAGCAGAUGAGACAGAACGCUAUGGUCGCUAUCGAGGACACCCCAUCGCCCUCUUCGACCUUGCCUCAAAUGGCAAAGAUGAAGAAGGAUGAGCAGGAUAUGGAUGAAGAUGAAAGGUUACUUGCCAGUGAAGAAGGAAAGAAACUCAGUAGCAAGGAACGUCGGCAGCUGCGCAACAAGGUUUCAGCCCGCGCCUUCCGAUCGCGCAGAAAGGAAUAUAUCGGCCAACUGGAGUCAGAAGUCGCUGCACGAACCAAUGAAGCACACGAAUUACGUCUUCAGAAUCGCGUUCUGUACGAGGAAAAUGCUCGUCUCACUGACCUUGCUCGCAUGCUUCUCUCCUCCCCUCACUUCUCUCACUUCCUGGACGAGAUGAGCGUCAAUGGCAUCCCCGCCCCCAAUCUGCCUCAAUCCCAACCCCAGGUCCCUCAACCCCAGCAGCAGCAGCAGCAGCAGCAGCAGCAGCAACAACAACAGAUACAAACUCAGCCUCAACCACCACCCAUGGGGCAGCCGCCCAUGCAAACUAGCAUUCCCAAAGAAGCCACUCCUAGUCACAGUCUCCCAAUUGCUCAGAACCCUCAGGUUGGCAUGGUCAUGGUUCCUAAUCAAACGAUGGAUGUUUCUGCGAUGAGUUUGAACAAUGGGGCUUGGAACACCGGAAUUGACAUGAGCUAUGGCAACACUCCUAUCUUUGCUGUCCUGGAGGUUCCCCAGGGUCCCGCCCUCCACGCCGAGAUGCUCUCUGGAAAGAGUUCGACCUUGUUCGGAACAUGUCUGCCGGAAGUAUCUUCUUCAAAGGAUGAAAUCCCUAUGAUCGAGCGGCCGCCAAUCACACAGGAGCAGACGAGUGAUUCUCCUGUCGGUGUCGAGAACCCAGAUAUUCAGAUCGACGAGUCCGACCCUGCUUUCGCCCUCUUCGCCGACUCUCCCGCCACAGACUCGUCGUCAGACUUCCCUGUGGACUUUACUAGCACCAUUCAAUCCGAAAAGUCGACCCCUGCAUUUGAGUUGGUCGUCGAGAAUGAGUCCAAGGCCACUGCGGACCGCUUUGUCGUUCU